AUGAAGUGUUUCAUAAUUUGGUUCGUUCUGUGGGCUCUCGUGGAACAGUGCACCGAGUGUCGGACGCUCUCCUCGCAAGUAUCAUCGGGCAUGCAGGCACAAACACUUGUGACUAGUGAAAGCGAAGAGCUGAUUGAACCUAAAUUGGCAUAUAGAUUUAUUACGUACGGUGAAUGUCCUGAAGGAUAUACACGCAUUCUAGGGAACUGCAUAGAAAAAAAUGAAAUACAAAUGGAGGGAAAACGAAAACAUAAUGCAACUCUGUCCCACACAAUUAUCGACAGCGUGGUUGCAAUAAAAAAUAGUUCC